AUGGAGUCAUUUCGACGGAGACUGAAGUUGUCCACCGUGCGCAGGGAGACUAUUCCCUCCCCAGUGGAAGCAAUGGAAUCGAGUCCGCCCACUGCACCCGUCCCUCCCGCGUCGAACCCGGAGUCCAUCACGGACAAUGCGCCGUCAACAGCAGAGGAACCCGAUCAAUAUCUCAGUCCCAGACCUCUUAUGGUCAUGAUCGCUUCUCUCUUCCUGAUCGCUAUCAUGAUAACCCGGGAUCUUUCCAUUCUCGCAACCGCGAUCCCUAGAAUCACCGACCACUUCCACACCAUUGCCGACAUAGGCUGGUACGCUGCGGCCUAUAUGCUGACCAAUUCGGCACUGCAACCCCUGACCGGCAAGGCAUACACAUACUUCUCCCUCAAAUACACAUUCCUCUUCUUCGUUGCACUCUUCGAGUUGGGUUCGUUGAUAUGUGCGGUGGCACAGUCAAGCACAAUGCUGGUGGUGGGUCGAGCAGUGGCAGGGAUGGGAGGAUCUGGUCUCUUAAACGGUGCCACCAUCAUCCUUGGAGUGGCUGCUCCACCCGACCAGCGCCCAAUGUUGAUGGGGCUAUUGAUGUCCAUGGCAGGAGUUGGUCAGCUAGCUGGGCCCCUUAUUGGCGGUGCGUUGACUCAACAUGCCUCCUGGCGCUGGUGCUUCUGGAUCAACCUUCCCGUUGGAGGUGUAACUCUGUUGGUCAUGCUUUUCAUCAAGUUUCCACCAUACAAGGCACGAAAAGCGAGCUGGACAAUUCGAGACGUCAUUCACGACUUCGACAUCAUUGGGUUCUCUAUCUUCGCCCCGGCGUGCGUUAUGCUUCUUCUCGCCCUAGAAUGGGGCGGAAGUACCUAUUCCUGGUCCUCAGCCAUCAUCCUCGGGCUACUCUGCGGUUGUGCGGGCGCAUUUGUUGCAUUUUCCAUUUGGGAAUACUAUCACGGGGAUGCCGCCAUGAUUCCUGCAUCUCUAGUGGGCAACCGGGUCGUCUACAGCAGCAUGAUUACUACGUUCUUCCAGUUUGGAAGUUUGAUCAUCUUCUCGUACUACAUGCCGUUGUGGUUCCAAGUGAGCAAGUCUGCGUCGCCGACCAUGAGCGGCGUCUACACUCUGCCCACAUUCGGCGCUCAAAUUACCACCGUCAUUAUUGCGGGUGCCCUCGUCACGCGGCUGGGCUAUCCCAUGCCUUUCGCGGUAGUUGGGUCCGCUCUGGCUACUGUUUCUGCUGGCUUGAUGAGCACGUUGGACAUCCAUGCAGGAGCGGGCAAAUGGGUCGGAUAUCAAAUCAUCAACGGCGUGGGACGCGGGCUCUCUAUCCAGCAGCCUAUUCAGGCUGUGCAAGCGGUGGUCAAACCUGAUAUGAUAGCCACCGCGACUUCCAACGUCAUGUGGGCUCAAACAUUCGGCGGGGCCAUCUGCAUUGGCCUGGCCCAAACAGCAUUCCUCAACCUUUUGCGCAGUGCCCUGAAGACCCGCGCUCCUGGCGUUGAUGCAAGCAACCUCAUUGCCGCGGGGGCAACGGAUUUUCUAGGCAAGAUCGCCCGCUCAGGCAACCAGGAGCUGUUGAGAGGUGUGCUCCUUGCGUACAACCAAGCCAUCGCCCAUACAUUCUACUUGGCUGCCGGAUGUGCGGUGGCCAGUGUCGUAUCAUGUCUGGGCAUCGGCAAAACAAAGCUUGAGUCGAAUAAGAACAAGAAGAAUGCACCACAGGCCGAAGAUGAGGAGAAAGGCCUGCCGGAUACGACAGGAAAUAUUCACAAGCCAGCGAAGAGCGACGAAAAGGAGAAAGCCCCCACUUUGGAUGGCUCUGUUGAUUCACGCUCGUCGAAGGAGCCGGCUAAUUAG